GUGACACCGUCUAGCAGAGGUCCAGCUGAUCAGUUUUAUGCUGUAUCUUAUACUUUGGAUUAGUUUCUAGACCAUAAAUCUAAGGGACAUGAGAGUUGUGUAUUCACCUUGUUAACUAAAAGACAGAGUUAUGUAUUCACUUUGUUAACUAAUAGACAGAGUUGUGUAUUCACUUUGUUAACUAAUAGACAGGUUUGUGUAUUCACUUUGUGAACUAUUAUCUCCGCAAUGUUUACACUUCGCUAUGCUCUGUUACGUACAAAUCUUUGCAGUGUGAAGCCGCGGCAGUUGGUGGAAAUAAGAGACAUUCGUGGACUAGGGAAUGACUGCAAGAGCUUCAACCAGCCCCUUGGAGGCAAUGAACUGCCGAGAUGUGCAGGCAUAGCUUCAAUGAUGAGACUGCCGGUUCAAGCCACGACCGACGGUCUUGACGCUUGCUUUGUUGGAGUUCCUUUGGACUCUGGCACCUCUUUCAGGACUGGAACACGAAUGGGACCGAGACAGAUCAGAUCAGAGUCUGCUUUCAUCAGACCAUUCAACCCUACAACAGGUGCAGCGCCAUUUGAAUCUUUACAAAUCGCUGACAUUGGGGACGCAGCCUUCACUAUCUACAAUCUGCCCGAGGCAGUGAAACAAAUCCGCGAAGCUUACAGACAGAUUAUAAAAAAUGGUUGCAUCCCUUUGACCUUGGGCGGGGAUCACACUUUAUCAUAUCCAAUAUUGCAAGCCAUGAAAGAGAAGUACGGUCCUCUCUGUCUCAUACACGUUGACGCUCACUCAGAUACAAGUGACAUGAUGUACGGAGAAAAGAUUGCUCAUGGUACCCCGUUUAGGAGAGCUAUUGAAGAGGGCUGCCUAGACUGCGAGAGAUCAGUUCAAAUUGGCCUUAGAGGUACCGGCUACUCUGUGGAUGAUUAUAAAUGGGUGGCUGAUCAGGGAGUCAGACUUGUGCUAGGAGAAGAUUGCUGGAACAAGUCAUUAGUACCACUAAUGAAAGAAGUCAGCACUAAGGCAGGAGACAGGCCUGUGUACAUCUCUUUUGAUAUUGAUGGACUAGAUCCAUCCGUAGCCCCAGGAACAGGAACACCUGAGAUAGCUGGACUAAGUAUCAUACAAGGUCUGGAGAUAAUCCGUGGAUGUAAAGGGUUAAAUAUAAAAGGAGUGGAUCUUGUUGAGGUCUCACCACCCUUCGAUCCAUCAGGGAACACUGCACUGGUCGCUGCUAAUUUAAUGUUUGAACUUCUAUGUGUUCUGCCUGGGGUCAAGUACUACACGAAAUAAAUAACAUAGACACACGC